AUCCCAUUUUUGAUGAUUUAUAUUCGGAGGGGAAAACUGGUUAAUAUGACCCAAAGAAAAACAAUGAUCCUCCUGAGAAAGGAAAAAAUUCAGUCUGCCGCUAAGAUGUUCGAUGAAAUGAUUAAAAGGGGAGUUCAACCGAAUAUCAUCACCUGUGAUACCAUAAUAACCGGGCUUUGUAGAGUUGGUGAAUUAGACAAUGCUCUUGAAUUGCUGAGAAACAUGACUAGAUGGAAUUGCAAAGCUACUAUUCUUUGCAGUCUGAUUAUAACUGCCUUAUGCAAAAGUGGAUUAGUUGAUGAGGCUCUGGAUCUCUUUUCUGAAAUGGUAGAUGUUCCGAAAAUUGCACCAGAUGUCGUUGUUUAUACUUCUCUGAUUAUGGGCUGUGCAAUUCUGACAGGUUAAGUGAAGCGGUCAGACUCUUCGAUAGCAUGUCCAGUCGAGGAGUUUCUGCAAAUUCAUAUACUUACAAUUCUCUGAUUAAUGGGCUUUGCAAUUCUGGCAUGCUAAGCCAAGCAGUUACCGUCUUCGAUAUCAUGUCUAGUCGGGGAGUUUUUGCGGAUUCAUAUACCUGCAAUUGUCUAAUUCAUGGACUUUGUAGGCGUGGGUUAUGGAAGGAAACAAUAAGAUAGUUUGAUGAAAUGGUGGGGAGGGGUAUUUCGCCCACUGUAGUUACUUUUAACGUAUUAAUAGAUUCUCUUAGUAAAGAAGGGAGGAUGGAAGAAGCUUCAAACAUAUUUGAUGCGAUGAUUAAAUCAUGCAAAGAACCUGACGUAUAUACUUAUAAUUCCAUGAUACUUGGUCUUUGUUCGAUGGGUAAUCUAGAGGAGGCACACAGAUUGUUUAAUUUGAUGGCGGAUAAGGGCCUUGAACAAAAUGUUUACAGCUUCAAUCUGUUGAUUAAGGGAUACUUCAAGAGGUUUAGGUUGCAUGAAGCUAUUCAACUGUUUAAAAAAAUGCAAGUUGGGAUUGAAAAGCACAGAGCAUGUUAGCGGAGAUGCAAUCUGAUGGGGUAUCUCCAAAUAUAGUUACAUAUAAUGCACUUGUGAAUGGGUUGUGCAAAGAUGGAAAAAUUGCGGAGGCAAGACGCUUGUUUUCUGAAAUCCCCGG